AUGGUGAAUCUGGAGUCCGCGCACCCAGAUAUCAAGAUGAGUGGGGAUGUAGCAGAUUCCACUGACGCUCGAGGUGCUCUCAGCCACGUGGAGCCAGGAAAUGAUCGAAAUGGCCUAGAUUUCAACAGACAGAUUAAAACGGAGGACCUCAGUGACUCCCUGCAGCAGACCCUCUCCCACCGGCCAUGCCACCUGAGCCAAGGACCUGCCAUGAUGUCUGGGAACCAAAUGUCUGGGGUGAGUACCAACCCAUGCCAGGGAAUGGCUUCUCUCCAUCCGCUCCAGCAGCUUGUGCUGGUUCCCGGCCACUUGCAGUCUGUUUCCCAGUUCCUGCUUUCUCAGACCCAGCCUGGGCAGCAAGGUCUGCAGCCAAAUCUUCUCCCCUUUCCACAACAGAACAGCCUCAUCCUCCCACAGACGGGGCCUGGCCUUGCAUCCCAGGCAGUUGGGCGCCCUGGGCUGCCAGGAUCCUCUUUAGAACCCCAUCUGGAAACAUCACAGCAUCUCCCAGUGCCUAAGCAUCUACCCAACUCUGGAGGGGCAGAUGAGCCUAGUGACCUCGAGGAGCUGGAAAAGUUUGCCAAGACCUUCAAGCAGAGGCGCAUUAAGCUGGGCUUCACACAGGGCGAUGUAGGCUUGGCGAUGGGAAAGCUGUAUGGCAACGACUUCAGCCAGACCACCAUCUCACGGUUCGAGGCCCUCAACCUGAGCUUCAAGAACAUGUGCAAGCUCAAGCCGCUACUAGAGAAGUGGCUGAAUGAUGCAGAGUCCUCUCCGUCUGACCCCUCAGUGAGCGCACCUAACUCCUACCCCACCCUCAGCGAAGUGUUUGGCAGGAAGAGGAAGAAACGGACCAGCAUCGAGACCAACAUCCGCCUGACUCUGGAGAAGAGAUUUCAAGAUAACCCUAAACCCAGUUCAGAAGAGAUYUCCAUGAUUGCAGAGCAGCUGUCCAUGGAGAARGAGGUGGUGAGGGUCUGGUUYUGCAACCGACGCCAGAAGGAGAAGCGAAUCAACUGCCCUGUGGCCACACCCAUGAAGUCACCUGUCUACAACUCCCGAAUGGUCUCUCCCUCAGGGACUUUGGGCCCCCUCCCUGUCCCUCCUGUCCACAGCACCAUGCCUGGAACAGUAACGUCAUCCUGUUCCCCUGGGAACAACAGCAGGCCUUCGUCUCCUGGCUCAGGACUCCACGCCAGCAGUCCCACUGCGUCUCAAAAUAACUCCAAAGCAGCCAUGAACUCCUCCUCCAGCUUUAACUCCUCAGGAUCUUGGUACCGAUGGAAUCAUCCCACCUACCUCCACUGA